UUGGCUCUCGAGGGUGGAGCCCUGCUUAGCGCUGACAUACUGCACCCAGCCCUCAGGGCGGUCUGAUUGGGCAGGGGAGGGAUGACAUCACAAAGGCCAGCUGUUGAUUUGGCGGAGAGUGUGUGUGCAUGAGAGAGAGAGAGAGGAGAAUCAGGAAGGAUUGCGGCAGCGAUGGCUUUGGGCAUGUACGCGAACGCUCCGCGCUCAGACGGAGGAGAGCAGAGCUGCACUGAGCGCGCUCCAUUUGAUGGCACUCGGGCUGCCAUGGAAACUAAUGAUGUAAGCAGAGCAGCGGAUCAUGAACGCCAGGCAGGUGUCCGAGGGUGAUGCGGAGCGUGUGUGUGAGCCGUGGUUUGGCGACCCGACCAGAGCGCUUUUGACGGGGGUCAUGGGACUGCUGCUGCCCCCUGUCCGUCUCUCAGUCCGCCCUGCUGCCUCCAGAGGCCCUAGGGUCCUACGCUCCCUAAGGUUCCAGUCCUGAAAACAGCACAGCCAGGUGGUGAUUUUCGGUCUUGCUUCUGAGGAUAAUGUCUGAAUCUUCUCUGGACACCAGAAGUUGUGACGUUAUGAAGGUUCUGGAGAGUGACGGGCCGCACGUGGCCGAACCGCCCGCGACCCUCAGUGACCCCCAACACGUGCCCCAGAACAACGGCACACAUGCCCAGGAGUGUGUGACAGACCAAAAUUCCUCCCAUCAAACACAGCUCGUCCAAUCAGCACAGACUAUUAAACGGUCCAAGUCCAACGGCAAGUUAAAGUUAGUCCGCAGCUUGGCGGUGUGUGAGGAGCCGUCUCCGCCUCCGCUUCGAGAACUGACGCACGAACAGGAAAAGAUUCAUAUCGAGCUCAGUCAGUCUUUCGAAAAAGAUGAAACGUCCAUCAAAAAUGAGGACAGUGAGAAAAUCUCAGAAAAGCCAGAGAAAACAGACCCACUGUCCAAGAAGACACUCUCAAGAGAUUCCAGUCAGGACUACACCGACUCCACAGGAGUAAACCUCCACGAAUUUCUGGUCAACACGCUGAAGAACAACCCCCGAGACAGAAUGAUGCUGCUGAAACUCGAGCAAGAUAUUCUGGACUUCAUUAGCAACAUCGAAAGUCAGAAGCGGAAGUUUCCCCCGAUGACAUCAUACCACAGGAUGCUCCUUCACAGGGUGGCGGCGUAUUUUGGGCUGGACCAUAAUGUCGAUCAGACCGGGAAAUCAGUCAUUAUCAACAAAACCAGCAAUACUAGAAUACCAGAUCAGAAGUUUUCUGAACACAUUAAAGAUGAUAAAACCGAUGAUUUCCAAAAGAGGUACAUCUUAAAGAGAGAUAACUCCAGCCUGGACCAGGAUGAUGGCAGGCUGCGGAUGCGUCUUAAGGACGACAGACGGAGUAAGUCUAUAGAGGAGCGAGAGGAGGAGUACCAGCGUGCCAGAGACAGGAUCUUCGCCCAAGACGGACAAGAACAUUUCCCGUUUGAUAAAAGAAUCCAAGAGGACGUGACUUUCAUUAACACUCAGCAAAGACGACAGAUAUUCAGGUUGAGAGAUGGGCACUCGGGAAACAGUCGUCAGAGCAGCUCUGAGAACGAGCUGAAGUAUUCGGACCCUCGGCCCUGGAGCAGCACAGAUUCAGACAGCUCCCACAGGAACCUGAAGCCCGCCAUGACCAAAGCCAGCAGCUUCAGCGGCAUCAGCCUGCUGAUCCGAGGAGACAGUACAGCCAGCAGCAAGAGCACCGGGAAACUGUCUAAAACCAGUUCAGACUCUUCUAGUAGCGUAGGUUCCUCUUCCGGGUCGCUCUCUCGGCCGUCUCAGCUGCCGUUACCCGCCCCCGUUGUACCCCAGCCCGGUCGAGGCUUCACCGUGGCCCCCGCGGCCCCUCUUCCGGCCCCGGCCCCUCAGAGCACGACUACUAAUGCUAACAUUAAUACUAACGCUAGCUUCUACAUCGUUCCUGUGGACAGCACCGCCAUCCCGCCGGGCAGCAUGCUGCUCAAUCCACAGACAGGUCAGCCUUUUGUGAACCCCGAUGGCAGUCCGGUGGUUUACAACCCCACCAUGACAUCACUGCAGGGGCGGGGCCAGCAGCACAUGACUCUACAUCCUCCCCCGCCCCCUCCUCCUCCUCCGCCUCUUCCUCCUCCCCCUCAACCUCAGCCAGCCACUACUUACCAACUUCUAAAACAGCAACAGGACGGUUUAAGUGCUCAGUUCAGCCAGAUGAAUCUCAUUCGGCAGCCUUCGGGUGACGCUCCGGACCCCCACACAGGCCUCUACCCACAAUCCCUGCUGCUCCAGAACCCUCCGCCCACUGGCUACAUGCUUUCAUCGGCAGGACAGCCCAUGAGCGGUCACACUUACCCCCAUCUCACAGCCAUCAAUCAAGCGGUCCUGCAGCCGCACGGAUACAUCCAGCAGCCCGUGCAGCAGGUGUCGGCGUGUUACUGCGCCCCGGGACAGUAUUCACACUCCACCCAACACUACAGAGCGGUGACGCCGGUACACUACAGCGCCCCCCAGAGUCAGACACUGCCACCGCAACAGACAGGUUUCCAGACGGUCAUGCCCGCUCAACCCCCCAGUUACCAGGGCAUGAUGGGAAUUCAGCAGACUCAGAACCAAUCGCUGAUCGGCUCUCAGGACGGAAUGGCCAAUCAGAUUCAGAGCGUGAUGGUGCAGUAUCCCACAAUGCCUCCGUAUCAGGUGUCUGUGCAGCAGGGUUCUCAGAGCGUUCCUCAGGCAGCCUAUCAGCAACAGAUCGUGAUGCAGGGACAGACCAAUCAGGCGCCAGCGCCCUCCGCCAGCAUGCAGGUGUAUUACAGCAUGAUGCCGCCAACGCAACACUCUAGCAUCAGCUCGACAGUUGGUUUCCUCCCUCCGCCGGGUUCAGAGCAGAUGCCGUUUCCCCGACCGCCCUCCCCCUGCGGUUCUCAGCCAAUCACAGGCCAGCAGUGCACAGCUGUGCCUCCGCCGCCCCCUGCUGGUGGAGUGGUGAUGAUGCAGUUGAGAGUUCCUCCAAGCCAGCAGCCCAGAGCCCCGUCCCCAUCACACUGGAAACCCAACCGUUACUACAAACACUGCGACCUGCUGCCACAGGACACCACACAGAAUAAUCCACAGCAGCUUCUAAGCCCCUCCCCCUCUCCGGUGCAAUCGCCUGCUCCCGCCCAUCUGGCCAAUAUGAAGGGGCCUCGUCCUGGCCACGCCCCCUUUCCCAUCAUGUCUCAGUUGUCCCGCCCGUACGCUCCAGGCCAAGGUGAUGGCAGGUAUCCUCUGAUUGGGCAGCCCCUCCAGUAUAACGCCCCCAUCAGACCCCCACUAAUGCACGGCUCUCAUGUGGUCAACCACCACCAUCAUCAUCAUCUUCAUCACCACCAGGGUCCUGUGGGUGUCCGGCACGGCAUGCGCAGUCGAAGACCCACAAAGAAAUCACUUUCUACUGACAUGAGUACAGGAGAAACGGACUCCGGCCGUGUUUUGGAGGUGACGGACCUUCCAGCUGGCAUCAGUCGAGUGGAAGCAGACUUUUUACUGGCAGAACUGAGCAAAGUUGGCGCGCUCAUAAAAUGGCUGCCCAAACCUCCGUCCCCCAGCCAAUCAGAAGGAGCGGACGUUACGAACUCUGACCCUCCCAAACCGCCCCCUCACGACCUGGCGUCCACAUAUACCAUCCUGGCCUUGUUCCCGUCGAAAUACGCAGCGCAGAGCGCGCUUCAAAAACUCAACAGCUCCAUCACCAAAUUCAAACUGAGAACUAGCAAGGAACUUAACGAACAGCACACGCUCGCCAGAUCCAGCUCUCAGUGAGGCCACGCCUCUUCGUCUCUUUCCACCAAUCACCACCAUUGCCUCAGGCUCACUUCCUGCUAUUUCAGUCACACCUUCCUGGCUUUGUUGCUUUUUUGUUUUGUUUGUUUUUGCACCACUAUGGCUUGAUCAAAAUGGGUUUGUUACUUUCGAAUGGGGUUUUCAUGCUAGUUUGUUUAAAAAAAAAAAAAAUCUAAUGUUGUAGUUAAAUUGUUCUUUCACGGUUUCAGAUGAAUUAUCUAGCGUUGUUAUUGAAACAAAACCAAAACGAAUUCAAAUGAGACAUGUUUGGCUUGUUCUUCUGUUCAUUUUGAAUAGACCAGGAAUCGCAAAACUGAAACCGGAGCAUGUUGUUUGGGUUUUUUUUGUUGUUUUUUUCCCGCAAAUGGCACAUCAUACAAAACUAAGUGGGUUUUUUUUUCUUAAGCGAAUGGAAAUAAACAACCAAACAUGCUACAACUGACCAAUGAACGUGAAGAUGGGACACAAGGGAACACUUUUCGACUUGUGCCUUUGAGCAGGGACGCACUGUUUAUGCCGAACAACGACUAAGCCAGAAAAACAACGUCCAAAAAUGUGUAAUUUAUACUGUAGCCGAAUCCAAAUAAGCGAGUCUUUUUUUUUUUUUUUUCGUCUGAGAGUCUUCUCGGCUUUUGGCUUUUGAAUUUUUAACUUAAUUUAAACGUUGAUGGAAACGGCGCAGCGGCCAAACGGAAGGUUUUAUCACUUGCUUUCUCAUUUCCUGUCUUUGGGAUGAUGGACAACAGUCCACUUAUGGGUUUUUAGAAUUCUUCUGUCAUUAAAAGUCACUGGAAUAAAAGUUUGCACUCUCACGUCUUUUUCCCCUUUACUCUUUCUUGCGUUUUUUCCCCCCUUAUUUUAUUUUCUCUGCGAGAUGUGUGGACUGUGAAAGGCUGUAAAAUGUUUGCUGGUGCAAGUUGUUUUUAUCUCAGUUUGAAAACCAAUAAAUGUUUACACAUAA